AGAAAAGCGAUGGGCGCGGCCACGUGACCUUGUUUUGUUUCUGACAGGUCGGGUGUCCUCGGGCCGCGUGCCUCUGUCCAGUCUCUCAGUUCCUCGCGGAUAGAACGGGCGAGCCCCGAAGCCACCGCGCGGCCGUAGGGAGAGGUAACUUUAUAUCACCAAAUGGUUAAAUUAAUUUGCACUUUGGCAGACCACAAUGAUGAUGUCAACUAUUGUGCCUUCUCUUCUUCCUAUUUGGCUACAUGUUCCUUGGACAAAACGGUCCGUCUGUAUUCGUUAAACAAUUUUAGUGAGGUUCCUUACUCACCCCUGAAAGGCCACACUUAUGCUGUCCAUUGCUGUUGCUUCUCUCCUUCGGGGCAUAUUUUGGCUUCAUGUUCUACGGAUGGCAACACAAUUUUGUGGAAUACUCAAGAUGGGUUGAAACAGGCAGUGUUGGAGCAUCCCUGUAGAAACCCUCUAAGAAUUUGUCGAUUUUCUCCUGAUUCUACAUACUUAAUUUCAGGAGCAGCUGAUGGAAGUGUAAAUAUGUGGAAUGUUCAGACCCUAAAAUUGUUUCGAUCUGGUAGCGUUAAAGAUGGAUCAUUGGUAGCUUGUGCAUUUGCUCCUAAUGGACGUUUCUUUGUGAUGGGAUCAUCCUGUGGAGAUCUAACUUUCUGGGAUGACAAAAUGAAGUGCUUACAUAAUGAAAAAGCUCACGAUCUUGGUGUUACCUGCUGUGAUUUUUCUUCAAGGCCACAUUCUGAUAAGCCAGAUGCUGAUUAUUUCAGAAUGGCAUCUUCUGGUCAGGAUGGCAGAAGUAAGAUCUGGCUCAUUUCAUCUUCUGAUUCUACAGGAUUUGACCUGAGAUGUAGAUGUACUUUAAGUGGACAUACUGCCCCAGUUCUGGCUUGUGCUUUUUCCUCGAAUGGGCAGGUUUUAGUUACUGGGUCUGUGGACAAAACUGUAAUGAUUUUUGAAACUAACACUGGGAGCAACCUACACAUUUUGACUCAGCAUACCAGAUAUGUUACAACUUGUGCCUUUGCACCAGAUAUGCCAUUAUUUGCUACCGGUUCAAUGGAUAAAUGUGUCCAUAUCUGGCAACUGGAACCAGAACAACUUUUCACAGGAAGUCCUCUGAUAAAGGAAUCAAAGAUUUCUGUUGAUAACUGGACAGAAGAAGAUGUUUCUGUUUGGCUUCAAACACAUAACUUACAAGACCUAGUUGAGAUUUUUAAAAGAAACAAUAUUGAUGGUAAAGAAUUGUUAAAUCUUACAAAAGAGAGCUUGACUGAUGAUUUAAAAAUCGAAUCUCUAGGUCUUCGCGGUAAAGUUUUGCGUAACAUUGAGGAGCUCAGGAAUGAGAUGAAAUCUGCUUCUCUAGAUAUUCCUGAUGAAUUCCUGUGCCCCAUAACCAAAGAACUUAUGAAAGAGCCAGUGAUUGCCGCAGAUGGCUAUUCCUAUGAGAAGGAAGCAAUGGAAAAUUGGAUAAUUAAAAAACGGCGUUCUAGUCCUAUGACAAAUCUCCCUCUUCAGAGACUUGUACUUACCCCAAACCGAACCCUAAAAAUGGCAAUUAAUCGCUGGUUGGAAACUCAGCCAAAAUAUAAUGAAAAGCAAGCACUUUAAAGACUGUCAUUUUUUUUUCAAAAUUAGAGGAAACAAAAUCUAAAGGAACAUCCUUACAAAAUGUGCCUCUUCAAGAACAAUUUGUAAUUUAAAUAGAUAUUUCCUACUGCAAUAUUGAGGAAAGUAUCAGUGGCCUUUGUGUAAGCUUUUCCCUCGGAUAGAUAUUAGA